UUAACGAUCACCAUAGCCGAAAUGGAGGCAAAAGAGCUUUUUCCGGUGCUUGAACAGCUGGAUGAUGACAUUGACGAUGUGGAAGAAAUGAUCCAGCCGCUACUUAACCGUUCUCUCGCUGAGACGUCCAAGAAUCUGCCUGUCUUGGACAAGGCGAAAUUCUACGUUAUGGUAACUUACGCGCUGGAAAAUGUGAUCUUCUCUUAUCUGAAUCUCCGUGGGGAAGACCCCAAAGCGCAUGCAGUGUGGAGAGAGCUCACCAGAUUGCGACAAUAUUUCGACAAGAUCAAGACAGCAGAGACAGGACCUGAACAGCGCACGAUGACUCUCGACAAAGAAGCUGCCAAUCGGUUCAUUAAGCACGGACUCGCUGGAAAUGAUAGAAUUGACCUAGAACGCAAAGAACGAGAGGCGAAGGAGAGAGCAGUUGCUCGGCGAAAAGAAUUGGAAUUGCUUAUGAAGUCCGUGAAGUCGGAACAAUCUUCCAAAAAUCCCUCGGGCGAUUCAAGAUCUGAUGCGAACUCCGACCCUGACGAAGACGAAGACGGCGGUUCCGACAAUGAAGAAACGAUGGCUCAAAAACCAGUAGACGUCCCUCGUUCUGAGAAAACAGAGAAGACCGGAAAGAAGAAUAAGGACAAAAACAAGCGCUUCAAGCAAGGGAAGAAACUUGACAGGGAAGGACUGCGCAAGGAAAACACGGAGAGGAAACAGAAGAAGAAGAAGAAUCGGAAGGAAAGAGAUGGGAAGUGA